CUGCUUGAACCUUUGUUCUUCGAGCCAGAACGUCGCAUAAAACCAUCACUAAACAUGGCUUCAUCGCCCGACCGCAAUGGCUCUCUUUUUCACCAUCAAUCCUGGGCCGAACCUUGGGCUCACCCAGAAUUUCCUCCCGAGGAGUCACCGAAGGACCGUGAGAAACGAUUUCGACAGAGAGAAUGGUUUAUGUGGCUGCCUUCCAUCAUUGAACAGUGGGCAUUUCGCGACCGGACCUGGCCUUGGGGCUACGUUGUUUACCGGACUACGUAUUCUUCCCAAGAGGACUGGCACGCUGCUCUGGUUAAGCUCGACCAUUACUUCUGGGGUGGUGUGAUCCCUCCUAUCACUCGCGGUCACAAACCACUGCUAGGCCAAUUGGAUACUUAUGAGCUUGUACGAGCAGGAUAUAGGAACGUCAUCAUUGAGGACCCUGCGUUAGACGGGGUGGGCGUAGGGGUUGUCUUCGAGAAGCACCGUGCGUGGGUGGCACAACACGGGUUCAGACCUGACAAUUGCCCGCGCUUCGGCUACCCGCUCAUGGUUGACGAGCCAUGCAUUCGCUCCAUCCUGGCCACCACCGGACCCCGAGGAUUCGAGGUUUCUUCCGGCUCCUGGGCCGGACCGUACGGAUACAUCAACAUCCUGGAUGUCGCCGAGCACGACCCAGAAGCUUCCGACUAUGAUGAGGGCCCGUUUUACGAUGGGUGUAUGCGAAUGGAGCUUGACGCCCUAGUGAGGUUUGUGGCGCAAACCGAGGAUUAUCCGCUGUGCGAACAGUAUCUCGGUCUUACCAGCAUAGACCAGGUACUGUACACAGACGGAACUCGGGCGAGAAUUGAGGCGAGAAGCAUGGUGACUCAUCGACGAAGACUGAACAGCUCAGGAUUUGGUUACGAGCGGCAGCCUUAUCCAUAGCGUACAAUUCAAUCGCCGUGAUUGUAGUUAGAAGCUGAAU